CAUCACGAUCAUCAUCAUACACAUGAUGAAGGAGGAGCGCCGCCUGAGAAGCACAAACCUAAGCCAGCCGUUAUCCCGAUGCACAGCUGGGAUGCUCAAAGGCAACCUCCUCCUACUGAUUCGAAGCCCGAAGCCAUCGACUUCCCUUCGACCCAUUACGAGAUGUCCGAGGAUACGACUCCGUUCGUUCCCCCAGUGCGGUACCCUAGCCCUCCUAGGAACAUGUGGUACGAGGUUCCAAAAGAGCCUCCGGCUCCUCCAUCACAAGCGCCUUCUGAAAUAUUUCCUUGGGAACGAAAUCGACCCCCGCCGACCAGAACCUGGGUCGGGGAACCGCCAGAGCCGCCGCCUUCUGAGGAGGCCCCAGCUUGGGGUGAGCCUCUGGAAGAGUCCUCAGUCAUAGGGUCGAUAACAACCGACGCCAAGAGCGAGCCGACGACCCCAACGACUCCAACCCUCAAGUCUGCUCCAUUGGAUCCUUGGACUUCCUUCACGCGUGUCAAUGCGUGGGAUGAAGUGCCAGAGAUUGAGCGCUACGUCGAAGGUCUCCAGGGGCCACGUCGUGGGAAAAGUCAAGGCUCAACAGGGCCGGGUGACGGAGGCACUUUUCGUUUCCGCGGCCUGAAGCUAACGGACUUCCCCACUGAGGCGGAGCGGCCCAGCUUGCCUGUCACUCCUGCUCCGAUCCGUCGGCCCUCGUUCUGGUCGGGUGGUGAUACAGAGGUGGUUGAAGGUGAUGAACCACGGCAGCUUCCUGAGGCGGAGGGAGUGCCCGCGCAGUCUGAGUGGGAUCCAAUGGAACAGCUGCAGAAGCUUGCCAAGAAGCAGUCUGAUGCGCUGCUGCAGAGGCUUGGGAGCAGCGGGGAUGGGGAGGGCCAAGAGGGUCGGGAGGGUGAAUCUACUACGGGCGUGAGUCGCGAAAUCCCAUCGCGCCCGCUACCCUUCGGGUCUAAGGAUGUGAAGUCGUCUACCCAUGUUGCGCAGUCCACCUCUGGAGUGCUCAGUCCCCAACCGGUAAAAGGUGAGGUGACAACGAGCAUCUUGCGCAGCAUGAGCAGUGACAACUUCGAUCCCACUACAACUCCGAAAUCGUCGUCGAUCCCCUUGCCCAGCUUCUCCGGCCCCGGGGCGACAUGGGACAGGGACGACGCGAUUCCGGUGCGACAGACCCCGCUGCUGCCCACAGAGGAGGAAAGGGAUGUGCUCGACACAUAG